CAGUACGCCUGUACAGUAACGUCACGUUCAUCCGAACUUGCGCGAGCUCUCUCGGGACCGGAGUCCGUCAGGCAUCAUGUCCAACAAUAACGCGAGCAGCAGCAGUGUGGCUGGGGCGCAGAGAGCCGUCAAACAGCUCAGACUGGAGGCCAAAAUACGACGAAUUAACGUUUCUCAAGCUGCUACAGACUUGAAGAACUUCUGCCUGCAAAACGCACAUAAAGACCCGCUGCUGUUGGGCGUGCCGUCCAGCGACAACCCCUUCCGGCCGCCCAAGUCCUGCGGCCUCCUCUGAACAACUCCUGUCCGAUCACACAUAGGUUACCAACAAACUCCCGUCCUUCUAAAGCACCCUAGAUGCAUUUAGUAAACGCUUACACAGUCAUAAUCGUUUUCAAAUUUAUGAGGCCAUCCAAGAUGGAUACGAGUGUUUCUUCAAUGUAGCAUUGCAUCACUUGCUCACCAAUGGAUGCUCUGCAGUGAAUGGGUGCCGUCAGAAUGAGAGUACAAACAGCUGAUAAAAACAUCCCAAUAAUCCAGAAAAGUAUUCUUGUGAAGUGAAAACCUGUGUGUUUGUAUGAAACAAAUCCAUCAUUGAGAGGUUUAUUCCUUCAAACUGGUCCAUAAUCCAUAUUGUUUGGUGAAAAGAAAUCUUGUCUGAGUCAGGAGAGAAAUAUGCACCGGUCAAGCACCGUAUACAAGCAAAACCAGUUUUAAAUAAACAAGUUUGUGGAUUUUGCUGUGGCCUACUUUCCUCCAGAUCUGUUCCUGGGAACAAACAAACUCACCUACAUCUUGGAUGACCUGUUUUCAGCAAAUCUUCAUUUUUGAAUGAUCUACUCCUUUAAAUAUAUUAAUAUCUAUGUGACAUCUGUUAUUUCAGAGCUGGUGAAGUGCUCAGAUGAUGGGGCUGCCUUCGAGUGUCUGUUUCUACUUUUACACCACUCCAUAAAGACCUGAAAUACUACAAACACUACUUAGCAUAGCAAGAAAUAUUUCCCCUGUAUUAAUUUCCAUCAAACUCAUUUAAUAUCUGCACAGUUGCUGUCUAUUUUUAUUAACUUUAUUAAUGCUGAAUUUACACCGUAUAGUACAGUCAACUGUAAAAGCGAUGACACCCCCAUGUUUUCAAAGUAAUUUUAUGUACAAAACACUAUUUUAUUUGUAAUGCAUAUUUUAUAAAACAAAAAGAUGAAGAUUGUGCUAAGUUUUCCCUUGUUUAUGUGGAAGGAAUGGACAAAUUAAACUAUUAGAAUAUAUUUCUACUGUAUCUGACUUAUGACCUGCAAGAUUUGGUUUGAAGGUCAUUUGUAAACACUGUUAGAUGUCUUCCUUUAUCUGAAGCCCAUCUGAGGUCUGAACUAAUGAGCUGAUGAGUUGAGUCAGGUGUGUUUGAUGAGGAAGACGUUCAAUUUGUGCUCUGUUGAGGAAACCUUUAUUACCUACUGAAUUAACAUGUUCAAAUUAAACCUUUAUUCCCGUUUCAUUGACUUUUUGCUUAACUGACUUUUAAAUAAAGUGUUCUUGAUCAUU